UUUAAAAAAUUGGUAAUAUUUUUAACGAAGUUUUAUUUUAAACAAAAAAAAUAAUGGAUAACAAUGAAAGUCCAACAAAAAGCGCUGCUGAUAAAAAUAAAACAAAGCAUAAACCUACCGCCAUAGGAGAGUUUCAAAGCAUUGAAGAAUUUACUAAGAAUGGUUUAACGGAAAUAAUAGAAGCCACCAAAAGCACCAACGCUUUUCCCCAGGGAGCAUCCAGAGAUCUUUAUUGUGCAUAUCCAACUUAUGGCCGUGUAAUUGAUGAACAAUCUCAUAGAAUAUUGGGUCUAAUAUCACACGUGUUAAAAUGGCAAAAUGUUAAGGGCAACAUACAACGCCGCCAACCAGACGAACAAUUCGAAAUGUUAUUAGAGUGCAACGAUGUAAUGUUCGAGAGACUGCAAUCGAAUUUAGACGAGUUGGCUGGUAUCAAAAAGAACCCUCAAACAAUAGUAGUAGAAUCGCGUCUUAAUUCCAUAUCUGGAGUUUCUACAUCCGGCAAAGGUGCAGGUAGUUGGAACUUAAAAAAGAAUGAAAGCAGUCCUACAAUAGCGGCCAGAUUGAUCACUGCCAAAAAUAUAUCCAGACCUCAAGUCAAAUUUCAAAUACCAGUAGACAAUAGUGCGGAUACACCAUUUGUACCUAAAAUUAAGGAUAAACCAAAUUCUCUAAAACCUUUGGCUAUUUUACCCGAAUACGACGAGUCUGGCAAUGUGGCCAGCUACUUACAUCCCUAUGAAUUUGAGUUAAUGAAAUUUGAAGCACCCAACAGUUUGUUGAAAACGCGUAAACCGCAAAAACCAAAAGAUACCGAACAAACUGAACUAAUGUAUGUAGAUACGCCUGUCAAGCUAAAACAGGCUUUGGAAGAAUUGCGGGGAGCUACGGAGCUUGCGAUUGAUGUUGAACAUCAUUCCUAUCGUACUUUCUUGGGUUUCACAUGUUUAGUACAGAUUUCUAGCCGCAAAAAAGACUACAUAUUUGACGCAUUAGAAUUGAGGGAAGAAAUGCGACAGCUUAAUGAAGUGUUUACCAAUCCGAAAAUUGUGAAGAUCUUCCAUGGUGCCGAUUCAGAUGUUGAAUGGUUGCAACGCGAUCUUUCGUUAUACAUUGUCAAUAUGUUUGAUACUCACCAAGCGGCGAAGGCUUUAAAUUUUGCCCGUCUUUCGUUGGCAUACUUAAUGAAACAUUAUUGUGACAUUGAAAUCGAUAAAACUUUUCAACUGGCAGAUUGGCGUAUACGUCCUUUGCCUGCAGAAUUGGUGGCAUAUGCCAGACAGGAUACUCAUUUCCUCAUCUACAUCUAUGAGCGUCUUACCAAUGACCUGUUGGAAGCAUCCAAUCAACAACCCCAAUUGCUGCGUUCGAUUUACCAGCGUUCUAACGAGAUAUGCAAAAAGCGUUACAACAAACCUCGCAUUACCGCCGAUUCCCAUAUGGAUCUUUAUCGCAAAUCAAAAAGGAUCUUUGACAAUCGUCAACUGUUUGCUUUUGGAGAAAUAUUUAAAUGGCGUGAUUCUGUAGCCCGCCUGGAAGAUGAAAGUUAUGGUUAUGUCUUACCCAAUCACAUGAUGUUGCAGAUAUCUGAAAGUUUACCUCGAGAAAUGCAAGGUAUUUUAGCUUGCUGCAAUCCCAUACCGCCAUUGGUUCGCCAACAUCUACACGCGCUGCAUCAGAUCAUUUUAAAGGCUCGCGAACAACCUCUGGUCAAACCAAUAUUGGAAGCGGAAGCUAUUCACCGAGUGGCCUAUGCAAAUGUUAAAGACUACAACUGCAAAUUGCAUUGUCCUCAUGAUUUGUCUCAUCAUGAAGAAUUCAGAGAUGAUUUGCCAACUUUGCUAAGCUUUGAUAAGGAAAAAGCACCCAAGAUCAAUACCGAUGUAGACUCAUUGGGAAAAGCAAAGUUAAAAAGGGCACACUUAAAUGUGUUUGAUACACCAGAAAAUUCGGAAGAGGAUGAACAAACGAUACGUCAUCAACUUGCUGAAAAGCAACAAAUUCUACUGCCAUAUAGGCGUUAUAUUGCUGUUUUACCCCAGGUUGAAAAGGAAAAACGUGAAGAAGCCGCUCGCAUAGAGGCCGAAAAUAAAAAACGACAAUUGUGUCCAGACGCACCCACAAACAUGCCAAUAGACAAAGAUUUAGUAGAUGUUAAAAAUAUUAAAAAGGAAAACGACAUGUACAGUAUGCCAAUCAGGGAAAUGCUCAAACGCAAGCACGACGAGUCAGUGGCAAAGAAAACAGCCAAUGCUGCCCCAGCUAAACGUAUUAAAACAGAGGAGAAUAGUAUUAUGACGACAACACCAACAGAUGAUAAAUUGAAAUUUGUCAAUUUGCCCCCAACCAAAAAAGAACUUAAACAACAGAAUCAGCUAAAAAGACCAGCGUCACAAGAUACUUCUAUCAACAUAAUAUCCGAUGAUGAUCAUGAUGAUGAUGGGCCACCCGAAGAAAAACCUACCUCUUCACAACCAAUUGAUGGCCAAGUCUCGAAAAACACCUUUAAAAAUAAAAAUAAAAAAGGAAAAUUCAACAACUCGGGCAAAGCUCAUCAAUCGUCUGACAAACCUGUGCAAACAAAUUUCGAUUAUCAGAAGGUUGAUUUUAAGAAAUUCCAAGGUGGAGCUCAGAAAGCUAAGGGCACGGAAUUGAAACCACAAUUCCAUGGCAAGGGCAACACAAGCAAGGCUCAAAAUAAGAAAUUUAAUAAACUAUUUACAUUUUCGAAUGUAAAGGCGAAUAAAAAAUAGACUUUUCAAAUAAACCUUUGUUGUCAGGGGUUUACAUUAUUAUUUUAUAAUUAUUCUAACUAUAACAACUCAAUAACUAGACUAAAAUUAUGUUUAUUUUUUUUUUGAUAUUUAAUGUAUGUAAAUGUAUACAACUUAAAAAUACUGAAAUAAAUACAUAUUUUAAUUAAAAAUAAAACAUAAAA